AUGACGUCCGUUCCGCUGCCAGGUUGGGCCGCCCGCCCGACAUUCUUGGUGCCCACGCAUGAUGCCAAAGAGUAUUUCGAUGGCGCUACUGGCGAGCUCGCCACAAGGAACUUGCGCGACACGCCUCUUACUGGUGGGUGCGGCCAGUCUUUUGAGCGAGCAUUUAAGACGUACUCUGGGCGGCCUUGCAUUGGCCGCCGGCCCCAUGCGGAGGCUCCUUUCGAGUGGUCUACAUACGCUUCUUUCCAUGCCGACAUUCUUGCCUUGGCAGCGGCGCUUCACAGUGAGCUGCCCGCUGGCAGCUCCGUGGGCAUCUGCAUGAGAAGCUCCUAUGAGUGGGCACUGCUGGACUAUGCGUGCAUGUUCGCUGCCAUGCCUUCCGUCGCGCUGAGCGAGGUCUGGGACCCCUUGACUGUGAGCAAGGUGUCGGAGCAGCGCGGCCUGGCGGCGAUCGCCUGCGACUCCGGCAGCGCCACCAAGGUGCUCGGCGCCGCCACGGCGGCCCGGGCCCAGCUGGUCAUCCUCGCGCAGGGGGCUGUGCCGUGCGCUGGGCCGCUGGCGUGCGGGGCGCAGGCUGCGGAGGCCAGGGGCUGCACCGUCGCGGAGCUGAGCCGCCUCCUGCGGACUCCACCGCUGGCCGCGCCGGUGCAGCGAGACCCGAGCGCCACGCACACGAUCAUCCACACUUCGGGCACCACGGGCCUUCCCAAGGGCGUGGUGUAUUCGGACGGGCUCUGGCUCACGAACAUGGCCCACAUCCCCGCGCGGCUGUCGGUGGGAGUCUCCUACCAGCCCCUGGCUUUCAUCACAGACCGGCACACAGUCGCAACCAGCCUCUGGAACGGGGGACGUGUGGGCCUUGUGACUUACUGCCAUGGGCACAGCAAGAUGGAAGACAUCAUCAAAGACCUCCAGGAAGUCCGCCCGACCUUCUUGAAGGGCGUUCCAAAGUUCUGGGAAGACAUGCAUGUGGCUGCAAGGAUGCAGCAGGACCGCAGUCUGAGUAUCUUGGGUGGCCGAAUUCAGGUGGCGAUCUGCGGCGCCGGUGCUCUUCCGAAGGGCGUCAUUGAUUUCUAUAACAAGGAAUGCAGCGUAGUGGAUGAGUCGAGCAGUACACCGAGGCCAGUCAAGUUCAUCGAAUCAUUGGUUAUGGCUCGACCGAGGCAGGGAACGUGGCGACGAAUCGAAAGAUGUCCCAGCACGUCGAGUGGAAGCUUCUCCCUCAGGAAGGCUUUGACAUAUCGGAGGGCAAGGGGCAACUGGCAGUCAAGACGGGGAACAUGA